GCUCUUUCCUCCGCUCCGCCACCACCACCGCUGACCACCGCCGCCACCCGCUACUCGCUCCUUUCCCUUCUCAGAGAAACGAAACAACUGAAGCAACUUCGUCUGGGUUGUCUUGAAAAUAGAAAUGGAGGCGCCAUCAGAGGCCGAGAAUGAAGAGACAAGCCCACCAGAUGUGUCGCUGUUCGACUUCAACGUGUGGCAGGAGGAAACCUGGGGAAGCUGCCCGGACCUGUCCUCAACCAUCGAAAUCAGCGAGUAUUUUGCAAACGAAGUUGCUGCCGAGGCCUUCAUGCCUAUGCACACUCCCUUCAGGAGCCUUGCAUUACCGUUUCAACCAACGCCUGCAGUGCCACCCAUUGUGGAGCUUCCUCAGCCUGUGGGCGGUCGUCACUGCCCAGUCACAACAGCUUACGAAGGGGACUAUGGGUUUUAUGUCGACUGCCCUCAGCAACAGAGGUCAACAAAAGGAGCAGGCUACACGUACGAUGAGAGUCUGAAGAAACUCUUUGUCAAACUGGACAUGGCGUGCCCUUUCCGUGUGCACCUGAAGCGCGAGCCUCCCAUUGGCACCACCGUGCGUGUCAUGGCCGUCUUCUCCCAGCCCAACGACGCGAUGAAACCGGUGAAGCGCUGCAUCAGGCACAUGGACCUGACCGACGCAACCAACCAGAGUCACCCAUUCCCAUCCCACAUAAUUCGGUGUGAGAGUUUGCAUGCAGCCUACAAGGAGGACCCUUCCACAGGCCACCUCAGUGUUGUGAUGGAUUACACCAGCCCUGAAGCUGGCACAACCUGCAGCACCAUCCACCUGAGGUUCAUGUGCCUCAACUCAUGCACCGGAGGGGACGGGAUGAACAGGCGCCCAAUCAAGGCCGUCUUCACCCUGGAACACGGGGACGUCGUGUUGGGACGCCUGUCAAUGGACGUCAAAGUCUGCGCCUGCCCGACCAGGGACCGUCGCAAUGAGGACAAAGCCCGCUUGAAGUUAGAUGUUCCAACCGGGGUGCCCGACUUGUCGGUAGAAGCAACGACAACAUCUGCCCCUGGUGACAGUACUGCUUCUGCCAACACCGCUGUCUGUGCCCAGGCAGAGUCUCGGAAGAGAGGCCUCACAAGCAUUUUAAACAUAGUGGCUGGGCCCCCAACGAAGACACAAAGGACAUCGAAGGAAUCGGAUGGUGAUGAAAAGUCUUCAUACCAGCUCGAGUGUCCUACUUGGCCCAUCUUCUGCCGGCUGAAGGUGAUAAGAGACGCACUAAAACUCUACGAUGACUUCCAUGAGAGUUCUGGUAACCAGAGCAGCGCCGCAUUGCCGAGCUUCCCAAAAGUAGGAGGGCGUGCAAUGCUGGAGUUUUUGCAAAAUCGGGGCAGCAUCAAUUCAGGGAGCAUCAUUCCAAGCUUACCCGACCUUCCUGGCUCCCAAGGGAACGGAAACACUUGCCACGCAUCGACCUCAUCGAACAACCCUUCCCGCCUGGACAGUGCAACAGCCGUGCUUGCAUCCAUGAAAGUGGAGCCGGGAACGUCAAACAGCGGUCCUGGCCACCUCACCGUCGAAAGCUGGCUGGAGUCCCUUGGUUUACAGCAUUGCCAACAGGCGCUCGUGGAGAAUGGUUACUCCGACAUCGGCAGCUUCUUGGAGAUGUCCUAUCAGGACAUUUUGAAGGUGAAGAUGACCCCAUUUGAUAGGAGGCAAUUGUUCCAGGCCAUUCCACUCCUCCACCAGCAACUCUUUGCUCCGGAACAAGAGGAGAUUUCAUCGAGUCCGGAAUUUUCAACCCAGGAGAGUCUGCGAGCCAGCCAACUCAGUGGUUCGUCCUCCGGAUCCAGCACCAAGAGCUACCGCGUGACGCAUGUGAAGAUCAUCCGGCACCUCAAAGAUGUUUAAGGCUAGACGUCUAAGGCUGGUUCAUGCACUUGCGUUGGAGUGUGAUAGAGCGUGUUGCGCCCGCUCGUGACCGCUUACGACUGGAGGACACACUGGCACAACUGAUGCCAUCUGUUGAAUAGCCGGGACCAGAUGAACACUGCGCCAGAAGUACAUGGACAGAGGUGACAAAGCACCGCCUGCAGGUGAUGUGGGACAGACUGUGUCACACCGUGGAACCUGUGCACUGAACUAUUCUCGGUAUGAAGCAGAACUAACACUUUUAUUUAUGGUACCAGAGGCAUUCUCACGAGUGCCCGCCCUGGAUUCAUAUUUAUUCUUCAAACCUUUUACAAUGGCAGCUCUUAGUGCCCCAUCCCGGCUUCCCGGCACAAGGUGCUCAUGAACGAACUCACAACACCACCCUGCAGCAGAGGCACUGCUCUCCCUCUUGCCGUCAUUCCUUGCUUACAGCGAGGCUCUCUUUCACUCCCGUCCCCCUUUUCUUCCCUGUAGGCCUCCACUUUUUCAAAAAACCCACGUGAUCACAGGGAGAGCGCCCCCCUCCCCAUCGUUCCUGCUACAUCUACAUACCCUCCUGCGACGCACUCCCUUCCUCCUCCUCCCUCCUCCCUUCCUCCCUCCGGCAGCCGCGGUUGCAAAAUAUUCGGAUGGACGCGCUGUGCGGACGCGCUCCCUCUCCAACCCACUGCCGCCGCCCAGGUUCCAUUGUGUAAUCUAUGUGCCCCUACAGAAAGGCUCACAUACAUACUUCCGCUUCUUCCACCGCAGGUGCGGUCACAUUCUGAAAGAGCAUUUCAGUGAAAAAAGAAAAAUGCAUGUCUCUGUGUUCUUCUCCAACACAUGCAACAUCUAGCACAAUCGUUCCACCGAAGCAAACAUCUCGUUACCCACAUCUUCUACAUCAAUUCCACUGAAAGCAAAGAACCCCCUGCCAACAUUGUGUAGCACACUGAUUGAAGGCAAAUCUCCUUCAUCGUGCCUUUCCACGACGCAGUAGCUACCGCUGUCGAUCGCAGCACACUCUGGUUGUUUUUGUUUUUUUGUUUUUUUUUUAGGGAUCCUUUCACAGUCUUUUUUAAAUAUGUUGUAAGCGACCAUUUUUUGUAGAUAGUGCAUAGAUUUCAUUUCUGAAACACUGUCAAAGCCUUUAUUCCACAGGGUGUCUCAAAUAGCGGCCAGGCUCUUUAUAUCGGUUUAAAAGUCGGUUUCUUAUUUUAUCGCACUAUGAUUUUGUGCAGCGUUGCCCACAGGUGGUGCAUUUUUUCUAUAAAAUUUGCAAGGAGCGAACUUACCUGAGCAAAAAGUAAAAAAAGAAAUAGGCUUAACUCCUAUGGAUAUGCAGCGAAUCCACCGGUCUUCAAAUAAUAGGGUGCCGUUUGGCAGGGGAGACAAGAGAUGGCGCAAGCGGUCACGACGCCACCUGCCGCCAACGAACGAGCAUACGAAGCCAACAGUCGGCGUCGUUAGCAGACAUUCUUUUCGACUCAAAAGCGGCACGCGUUCCGGAGGCGACAAUAGUCACAUAACCAAAAAGGUGUGCUGUAACAAGUAACUGCAAAACAAACAACACAAAUACCCCGGAAAAAAAAAACGCAGUUAAAGUAAUUUGACACCCUAUUUUUUAAUCGAUAGUAUCUAUUCAAUGUCUUUUAUUAGUAAGGAAAAUAAAAUCAUGUAUUGGCAAGUGAUAUCGAAAAAGCUUGCGCCGCUUUCGAGUUGAAAGUACUGUCUGCUACGUAUUUGAUGCCGGCUCUUGGCGCCGUAUGCUCAUUCGUUGGCGGCAGUUGGCGUCGCGACCGCUUGUGCCAUCUCUUGUCUCCCGUACAAAACGGCGCCUUAUCGUUUGAAGACCGGUGGCUUCAAUGAGUUUCCAUAGGAGUUAACCCUUUUUAUUUUUUUUACUUUUUCCUCAGGGAAGUUUACUUUUUUGCAAACUUUAUAGAAAAAAUUACCACCUUUGGGCAACGCUGCACAAAAUCGUAGCGCAAUAGGUUAAGAAACCGAUUUUUGAGGUUGAUUUAAAGAGCCUGGUCGCUAUUUGAAACACCCUGUAGAUUGGAAGAUUGGACACAGAUUGGAAGCAUGGCAGAUACGGCUACCUAGUAAGUUGCACCAGUGUGCUUGUGUGUUUUCUGUUGUAAGCGGUCACGAGUGGGCAGAAUGCAUUCGGUCACUCUCAAUUGCAGAUGCGUGAACCAGCCUUUAAAAAUGCAACGCUAGUGUUUUUUUGUUUGUUUUUUUUUUUUUUUUUUCGUUUUUUGCUCAGGUUUUACCAUUGUGGAAGUAGUUUCAUAAAGUUUAUUUGUUGUUCAUGAAUGUCUUGCAAGGUCGCAGUGCUGCCUUAAUUGUGCAAUCCCGUGUUCACUUAAGGGAACAAGGACUUUGUGCAUUUUCCCUUUCAUGAAAAAGAAAGGGUUAGUAUUACUAUUUUUUUUAUAUAAUUUUUUGUGAUAUAGCAAUAUUGCUUUACUCGGAACAUCAAGAGUGGCUAUAUUGACACGCAGUCAUUUGUUCCUCAUUUGUGCAUGCAUCAAGAGCAUUGUAUUUUCUAUAAAACUGUUACAGUGCCAUAGCUCUUCGGGGCUUUGUAAAUAAAUAUAUUGUUGCAAG